AAAGCCCCAAAAAGCCCCAAAAGCCCGAACCCCCCGCGCGGCCAUGGCGCAGUACAAGGGCGCGGCCAGCGAGGCCGGCCGGGCGCUGCAGCUGAUGAAGAAACGCGAGCGGCAGCGGGAACACAUGGAGCAGCUGCGGCAGCGCAUCCAGGAGGAGAACAUCAUGAAGUCCAACAUCGACAAGAAAUUCUCGGCUCACUACGACGCUGUGGAGGCCGAGCUGAAAUCCAGCACCGUGGGCCUGGUCACCCUCAAUGACAUGAAGGCCAAGCAGGAGGCGCUGGUCAAGGAGCGCGAGAAGCAGCUGGCCAAGAGAGAGCAGAGCCGGGAGCUGCAGCUGAAGCUGGAGCGCCAGCGCGAGCGGCAGCGCAAGCAGGAGGCGCAGAGGAAAAUCAGCUCCCUGAGCUUCAGCCUCGGCGACGAGGAGGAGGAGGAGGACGGGGAGGAGGCUGAAGGUGGAGCUGGGGGAAAAUUGGGCAAAAACCCGGACGUGGACACGAGCUUCCUGCCAGACCGGGACAGGGAGGAGGAGGAGAACCGGCUGCGGGAGGAGCUCAGGCAGGAGUGGGAGGCCAAGCAGGAGAAGAUCAAAAAUGAGGAGAUCGAGAUCACCUUCAGUUACUGGGACGGCUCCGGGCACCGGCGCACGGUCAAGAUGAAGAAGGGGAACACGAUGCAGCAAUUCCUGCAGAAAGCGCUGGAAAUUCUCCGCAAGGAUUUCAGCGAGCUCCGCUCGGCGGGGGUGGAGCAGCUGAUGUACAUCAAGGAGGAUCUGAUCAUCCCCCACCACCACAGCUUCUACGACUUCAUCGUCACCAAGGCCCGCGGGAAGAGCGGGCCCCUCUUCAACUUCGACGUCCACGACGACGUCCGGCUGCUGAGCGACGCCACCGUGGAGAAGGACGAGUCGCACGCGGGGAAGGUGGUGCUGCGCUCGUGGUACGAGAAGAACAAACACAUCUUCCCCGCGAGCCGCUGGGAGCCGUUCGACCCCGAGAAACGCUGGGACAAAUACACCGUGAGAGGGGGAGGGGAACAGCCGGGAACAGCG